AUGCAAAUAACGAAGGAGCGUUUCUCCCCGAGCACAACAGACCCGGUGCGGGGGGCCCCGUUUCACGGCUGCUGCAAGCGGGGCAGGCACAAGUCAGUCCCCUCCCACCGCCCGGCUCUGCAGGGAGCCCGGCCCGCCGUGUUUCCCCCGGGCCGCGGGGCGGCGCAGGCGGAGGCGAAGCCGAAGCCGCGGCCGGGAAGCGGGACUCAGACGCCGCGCGGUGCAGCUGCUGCCGGUGCCCGGCCUGCCGGUGAGUGCGGCCCCCUGCCCCGCUGCGCCCCGCAGGCCGGCCCCGGCCCCCCGCUGCCGCCGCUCCGGCUGCCCCCCGUCCUUCCGAGCACCGGGCCCGGGCCCGGGGCAGCUGAGAGGGGCCGACCCUCGGUGUCUGGUCCUGCGACCACAGCCACCCCCCCCACUGUCACCCUGGCGCUGCGUUGCUUGGAUGGCGUCUUCCUCUCUCCCAAUGAGAAUGACUUUGUGUGCAAGGUCGCUGAAGAACUGGACCAUUUUCUGCUCCAAAACCAGCAUGAGAAAGUUCUCUUGUUCCCCCCCUUGUCCAGCCGCCUCAGGUACCUGAUCCACAGGACCGUGGACAAUGUCGAUUUGUUAAGCAGCUUUUCUGUCGGGGAAGGAUGGAAGAGGAGGACUGUUAUAUGUCACUCAGUCAUAAGGUUGCCCGAGGAGCCUGGCGAUCAGAACAGUUCCUCCAGCAACACGGCGAGAUCCCACCGCCCUCUCCAGUCAAGAGGCAGGGGAGGCAGAGCCGCAGGGCUGCGCCACGCGGAGAUGCCUGCCGAUGGCUUUCGAGUCAACAGAGGUAUCGGCAGGACUAGGCGACCGCCCCGGAGGAAGCCGGAUAAAGCUUUGUAUGUUCCCAGGGUGGUGCGCGAAAAACUGGAGGAGUUGAGAAAUGAAAGCCUGGCCGGAGCUGGAGCUGAGCCAGAUGAUGAUGUCGUGCGAGAGGCAGGGAGCUACAUUGAAAGUGCAACCGAUGGGACCCCAGCGGAGUUGGGUAACUUUGAGGCCACUACAGAUUCCAGCAGGGUAGCAAGUCAUCUUGAUCCAGUCCCUGGCAAGGAACUUCGUGAAGUCCAGGGCCCUAAAGAGGCAUAUGAAGAACAUAUCGUGAGUGAAAUCGGUGGUGAUAAAAGUAACAAGUGUCCAGUGGACUGUUCAGAUGUCUCUGUGUUGGAGUGUGCCAGGAACCUAUCUGCAUUGGAUAAAGACUGUUCAGAUGCCCCUGUAAUGGAGUGUAGCAAAACUCUAUCCCAACAUGAAGACCAGGAUAACAGCAGUACAGAUGCCACUGUAUUGGAGUGUAGCAAAAACCUGCACCAAAUAGAAGAUCAAGAUAAAGACACCAUGGAUGCCAGUGUAUUGGAGUGUAGUGAAAAUGUACUGGUCCUGGAAAACCAGGAUAAAGGCUCUAUGAAUGCCACUCUAUCAGAGUGCAGCAAAAACCUAUCCCUACCAGAAGACCAGAAUAAGGAGUCUGUGGAUGCCUCCAUAUUGGAACACAGCAAGAACUCUUCAGUACUUGAAAACCAGGAUGAGGGCUGUACAGACACCAUCGUAUUGGAGCGUAGCCAAAACCUAAGUCUCCCAGAAAAUCAGAAUCAAAGCUGUAUGGAUGCCCGUGGAAUGGAGUAUGGUAAAAAACCAUCUGUACUGGCAGACCAGGAUAAGCACUGCAUGGAUACCUCUGUACUGGAUCGUGCCCAAAAGAUAUCCCUACCAGAAGAUCAGGAUGAGGACUGUACAGUCCUGGCGGGCAGACUGCGGUGUGGGUUGGAAUUGUCUGCAGAGGAUAGAGGCACCGAAAACCCUGCAGUGGAUGAGCAGAGCAGCAUAGAGGAUGACUGUGGUGCUGAACUCUUGCAAGAGAUUGCAACUUAUUUGACUGUAAAGGACAUUAGCGUCGAGAAGAUCCAGUUCGAUUAUUCCAGCUACGGGGAUGCACAGAUCAAUGAGGGAGAUUUUGGACAUGUUAUAGAGAUCUACGAUUUCUUGCCAUCCCUGAAAACGGAGCAUCUGAUGGAAGCAUUUUCAGAGUUCCACAAGAGUGGUUUCAAAAUUCAGUGGGUCGAUGACACUCAUGCCCUGGGUAUCUUUUCCAGUCUGGCAGCAGCAUCUCAGGCCUUGGGGCAGAGUUAUCCUUCUCUAAAGAUCCGAUCCUUGAUUCACGGGACAAGACAGUCUAAAACCAAGGCACUUCAACGACCAAAGCUCCUUCAGCUGGCUAAAGAGAGACCCCAGACUGACACUGCAGUGGCUAGAAGGCUGGUGACAAGGGCUCUGGGUUUGCAGCACAAAAAGAGAGUCUCAGGUGGUGACAUGCUACAGCCCGAGAACUUGGAGCUGGAAGAGUAAACUGACUCGGAGCCGAAGACAAGCUUUGAAGGAGCCAGGGUGGGAUAGCGAACUGCAUGCAGAACAGUGAGUUGCCAUUAGGACACACUGUGGAGUUGUGGGGUUUUUUUUUCUUUAAAUGGGGGAAGGGAACAAGUUUACUGUUGUUGAUAUUGAACUCCCUUGUUGCAUUCUGGGAAACGGGCCAUUUAGUUUUUCAAAUUAUGCCUCACUAAUCCAGGGUACAGAGGCCCCUGUAAACUAGCUCUUUACUAUGGAGAGCAUCUUAUCUUGUUCCCCAGCAGGUGUUUAUCACCACCCUGUCAAAGCAGUUCAUAGCCACUUUGGUAAUCUCCACUCCUGGGCUGUGAUAGGUACAACAGCAAAGCCUCCUUGAUCUAAGCACUACAUUCUUUUAAAAUGUAUAAAGUCUCUAGUAAGAGCUGCCCUAGAUUGAAGGUUGUGGGAGGGAAGAAGGGAAUACCUUUGGCCUGGAUUGUAAGCAAGAAAAACAGAGCAACACAUUUGCAGGAGUCAAUAGCUGUUUAAUGUUUACUGAAGUUGUAAAGCUGACGUUUGUUAAAAUAAAGUUAUACCACAAA